CCUGCUCCGAGGAAUAUGAAAGGAUUAUCUGGUAGUCGCAAUCAACCACAGUUAUGUUCAGCUCAUACUUGUGGCUUAGCAUCCCCUGAAGAUUGUGAACAUACCCACGACCUUAUCCACCAUGGGCAGGAGCCAAGGCCGUCGUAUCUUCUCAGCCCCACGGAGAGUUGCCCGCUGGACCACCACCGUUGCUCGCCCCGCAGCUCCAUCCAUUCUGAGUGCAUGAUGAUGCCCAUGGUAAUGGGCGAUCACAUGUCAAGUAGCACUUUCCCCAGAAUGCACUACAGCUCACAUUACGACUCCAGAGACGACUGCGCCAUGUCUCACGGUAACCCUAAGAUUAACCGUAUUCCUGCAAAUCUUUUGGACCAGUUUGAGAAACAGCUUCCUCUUCACCGGGAUGGGUUUCAUACUUUACAGUACCAGAGGACCUCAACAGCUGCGGAACAGCGCAGUGAGAGCCCGGGCAGGAUUCGCCAUCUCGUUCAUUCCGUCCAGAAACUUUUUACUAAAUCUCAUUCUCUGGAAGGAUCGUCCAAGGGCAAUGUUAAUGGAACAAAGGGAGACAGUCGAGGGGACGAUCAUCAUCACGGGCACCAUUCCAAGCAUAGCAAAAGGAGUAAAAGUAAGGAGCGAAAACCAGAAGGCAAGCAUAAAUCUGGAAUGAGUAGCUGGUGGAGCUCUGAUGAUAACUUGGACAGCGAUAGCACUUACCGAACACCUAGUGUGGUAAAUAGGCACCAUGCAGAUCAUAUAUCCCAUUGCUAUCCUGAGGCACUCCAGGGGCAUUUUGGGGAUCUCUCAUUGAAGACUUCCAAAAGUAACAAUGAUGUGAAGUGUUCGGCUUGUGAAGGGCUUCCAAUGACCCCUGACAGUAAAUACAUGAAAAGGAGUUCUUGGUCCACACUUACAGUAAGUCAGGCUAAAGAAGCUUAUCGCAAAUCAUCACUGAACUUAGAUAAGCCUCUGGUUCAUCAGGAAAUCAAACCUUCUUUGAGGCCGUGCCAUUACCUUCAGGUACCUCAGGAUGAAUGGGGAGGAUACCCAGCUGGUGGGAAAGAUGAAGAGAUCCCAUGCAGAAGAAUGAGAAGUGGGAGCUAUAUUAAGGCCAUGGGAGAUGAAGAAAGUGGAGAUUCUGACACUAGCCCCAAGACGUCGCCAAAAUUAUCCGUUCGACCCGAGUCAUUAUUAAAAUCCAUUGCGCAAAGACCACUGGGAGAUCAUCAAAAUCAGAGCUACCUUCAAACUGCAAGUGACGUGCCUGGGGGUCACAACCUGGAUCCCUCUGCAAACUACAAUUCCCCAAAGUUUCGCUCAAGGAAUCAGAGCUAUAUGAGAGCAGUGAGCACGCUCAGUCAGGCCAGCUGUGUUAGUCAGAUGAGUGAAGCAGAGGUUAAUGGGCAAUUUGAAUCGGUGUGUGAAUCAGUGUUUAGUGAAGUUGAAGCUCAGGCAAUGGAUGCCCUUGACCUCCCUGGAUGUUUCCGAACAAGAAGCCACAGUUACUUGCGUGCCAUUCAGGCAGGCUAUUCCCAAGAUGAUGAAUGUAUUCCUGCGCUGACAUCCUCCAACAUCACCUCAACCAUCAGGUCAACCACAGCCGUAACUUAUACAAGUUACAAAAAAACCCCACCACCAGUACCCCCUCGCACCACGUCCAAGCCGCUGAUCUCGGUGACGGCGCAGAGCAGCACCGAGUCCACGCAGGAUGCGUACCACGACAGCCGGACCCAGAGGAUAUCCCCGUGGCCGCAGGACGGGCGAGCCAUGUACAACUCCACCGACAGCCUGGACAGCAACAAGGCCAUGAACCUGGCCCUGGAGACAGCGGCUGCCCAGCGCCACGCGGCCGAGAGCCAGAGCACCUCCAUACGCACCAGUGACAAGGCCAUCCUCGUGACAAAGGCAGAGGAGUUCCUCAAGAGCCGCCGCUCCUCUAUAGGGAUCCAGGUGGAAACAGCAACUGAUUCAGAUACUGAAAGCAGAGGCUUACGGGAAUACCACUCUGUUGGAAUUCAAGUGGAAGAUGAAAAACGACAUGGACGAUUCAAGCGCUCGAACAGCGUAACAGCAGCUGUCCAGGCUGACCUGGAACUGGAGGGUUUUCCAGGACACAUCACCAUGGAGGAUAAGGGACUUCAAUUUGGCUCAUCAUUCCAGCAGCACUCAGAGCCCAGCACACCCACCCAAUAUAGUGCAGUGAGAACUGUACGGACACAGGGACUGUUCAGCUACAGAGAAGAUUAUAGGACCCCAGUUGACACCUCAAACCUUCCACCACCUGAACCCUGGCUGGAGCCAGCCAUCGAGACAGUAGAGACCGGCCGAAUGUCUCCUUGCCGACGGGAUGGGUCUUGGUUUAUGAAGUUACUACACACUGAGACUAAGAGAAUGGAAGGAUGGUGCAAAGAAAUGGAAAGAGAAGCAGAAGAAAAUGAUCUUUCUGAAGAAAUCCUAGGCAAGAUCCGAAGUGCUGUUGGAAGUGCUCAGCUCCUCAUGUCUCAGAAAUUCCAGCAAUUUUAUUGGCUUUGUCAGCAAAAUCUGGACCCGAGUGCCAUGCCAAGACCAACUUCCCAGGACCUUGCAGGUUUCUGGGACUUACUGCAGCUCUCAAUUGAAGAUGUCAGCAUGAAGUUUGAUGAACUGCACCAGUUGAAACUCAAUGAAUGGAAAAUAAUAGAAUCACCCGAAAGGAAGGAAGAAAGAAAGAUUCCUCCUCCUGUACCAAAGAAGCCCCCAAAAGGAAAAUUCCCUAUCACAAGAGAAAAAUCUCUGGACCUACCUGACAGACAGCGGCAAGAAGCUAGAAGACGGCUGAUGGCUGCCAAGCGAGCAGCCUCUUUCCGGCAGAAUUCAGCCACAGAGCGUGCAGACAGCAUUGAGAUCUAUAUCCCAGAGGCUCAAACCCGGCUUUAAAGACAGAAUGCUGCAGAGUUCCUUUUUUUAAACAAAAUGCUUGUACAGUUUGUCACUUACCUGGUAAUUUUUGUCUCAUUCUCUCCACUAAAUAUGCCCUUGAUGUUGUGUUCUUUGUGCCAUAAGCACAGUGGAAUGCUUUUGAUUUCCUCAGAAUUUGCUGAGCUCACCGCAAGAACGACUUCUUUUUGUAUUUAUUGUCUGACUUACAAUCAGCUACAGUGGAUAGGGCUUGUCAAGACCUGACUUAUCCAAUAUAUUCUCAGAGGACAACAAGAAACACCUCUUGAGAUGGAACCCAGCUUACUUUUUGUUAUUUAUAUUUUUAUAAAAUGUGUGAUAAUUAGGGAUAAGAAUAACAAACUAUAAAUGGGUGCAUCUCACCAUUCACUAGAGGCAUUAGCUAAUCCAAGUAGAAGGUGCUACAAAUGUAAAGAGCAGGAAAGAAAGAACCCAUUUAUCUCCUUGACCUUCAGUUUCUUUUCCUAGAAUCCAGCUAACAUAUUUACCCAUGCGCUCUGCCACUCUGCUCAUCUUUGUUACUGCAAAAUAAUAGGUCUCUCAUCUCAUUCGAGUUUCUGGAGAUGAACAGGGAUAUC